CUAAAAAUGUAAUACUUAUCUUUUCGAAAUUAUGUAAUAUAAAAUAACUGAUGUUUCUAGCAAUUAAUUUUUAUUAUUUAAAAAACAAAUAAGUUUACACCUGUCUAAAAAUGUAGCCACUCGCGCAAGUACCCCCGAACCAAAUAGAAAAGUAAACAAAAAGAGCAAUGAAUUAAUAACAGUUUGUUUGUAAACAGAGAUAAUUUUUCAGAUGGGUUAAUUCUAGGUGGAUGUCUUUUAAAUCUGACGAUUGGCAUACAUUUUAGGCCUCAGUCUCAAUAUGAUGCGUCCAAAGAAUCUCUCUGUAUGCUCAACUAAACUCACAAAAUUGAACUCAUACGUAAAUAGUUGUGGUGCACCACACUCACCCGCACACAUCACUUGCAAUUUGCGCUCCGCUCUUCUAUAUGCUGCUAGAUUUUACCGCUCCAGAGACUUUCUGUCCAUCAGGGCUGGUGGCAUGGCCUCUGGCCUUGUUUGUGUUAAGCCGGCAAAGAGGACUGUAUUGCUUUAAAAUCUAGUAUGAAUCUCAAUGCUUUGAACAUAGAGAAAAGUAUGGAGUGUAUUUUACAAAUAUUUUUCUGCAGAGGAAUUUGCCAGUCAAUGUCUUUCCAAAAGUAGUUAAUAUAACCGACGCUGAGCAUAUCUCUAUAGGUACAAAUGCAAGUAGGCACGUCUAGUAUAAAAGAUUCGGCCACCGAACUGAUUAUAAUUGUAUGUAUGUAAUAGCUUUGAAGAGUGCACGUAAAUUGUAUGGUGGCGCAAGAGGCAGGCAGAGUAGAGUGUCAAACAUCCACUACGGUGUUGGAGAUGAGUAGCGGAGCAGCACUUUAAUUUUCUACCACGCAGAUUUUUAGAGAUUUCCUUUAAAGAUUUGUAUUAGUAAUUGAGGCAAGUGAGGAAAUAUCUCCCUCUGAAAGUGUCGUAUGCACUGUGUCAUAUAUAUUACACCAUCAUCGUUGCCUCUUGAACAAGUUCAACGAGAUUCGUAUUUUAUAUUCUCGCAUCCAAUUAAUUUGAUUGUCUCGAAUUUCGGUUGACAGCGAACUCGGUUCAGAGCGGUACACAAACGAGUUAUGCCGGCUAAUGUAAAGUGAAAUAAAAUUAGCGCACGGGCACAACGCGCCCACACUGAACAAUCAAAAUUAAAUUAUAUAUUUGAAAUAAAUUUCCACAAAAUAAUUAUGUAUUAUAUAGACUGGUUUCAUAUACAAUAUAUUUUUAAUUUCUAAAUAUAAAAACGUAUCUGUGUACGAUAUAUGCAACAUAUAUUAUAUAUACUUAAGUAUCUCAACGUUACUUCGUUUCGCUGUGUAUUGCGGCCAAAGUCGUAAAAGUCACGCAAUCGAAAUGGUCACACACUGCUCCUCUUUCGCUACCUGUAUAUAUUAUAUAUAUAUGAAUAUCGACUACUUUUGUGAGUGAGUGAGAGCGGUGAGCGACCGCAAUUUGCUAGCACUGAACAUAAGCGUCAGAGUGAGUGCACGAAAGAGUAUGUCGCACAUACACAAGAGCACAAAAACCUUCACACAAGUAGUUCUAGUAUUUAAUAACUCUUGUGGAAGAGCGGAGUGCCGUCAGGGGCAUGGUACUCUGCACUGCGCAUGCUGCGUUUAUUGUUCAGCUAUGUUUGCUUCGGCUUUGUGUGUUGCGCCGCGUCAUGUCAUUGUGCUUCGCUUCGCUCGGGUGACUCGUUAAAUUUCCAUUGCAAAAACAUUUGAGUAUAUUCAUAUAUUCGUAUUGCAUGGUCCAAAUGCUUGUGUUUUGGGUGAUUUCCCCUUUCAACGUACUCCUCAUAUCUACUUGUAUGGCAAGAUAUUCAGGCAGAUAUUUAGAUACAUAUAGCUUAAAUUUGUACGAAUAUCUUGUGUUAAGCGACUUUCCCCGCUUCAAAGACAUUUUUAGUUAUUUUUUUUUUCUGUUAAUCAACAUAAUAUACAUGUGGUCUAGUCAUAUUACUAUCCUUUUUGUGCCUAAAUGUCCAAAGUCAAUAAUCGACUCAAAAAAUACCGACAAUCUUUGUAUACCCUAAAUAGGGUAUAUUAAGUUUGCCACGAAGUUUGUAACACUCAGAAGGAAAAGUCGGACAUUCCCUAAAAUAUGUUUGCAAAUGAUCAGCAUGAUGAGUUGAGUCGAUUUAGCCAUGUAUGUCUGUCCGUCCGUCUGUCUGUAUCUACGCGAACUCAUUCCCCAGUUUUUGAGAUGUCGAUCUGAAAUUUUGCACAAUUUCUUUUCUCCAAGAAGCUACUGGAAUCAAAUGUUUGCACGAAAAACUUUUUUAUUUGAUGAGAUAUCUUCACGAAAUUUAGCAUGAGUUUAUGACCUAGAACGAUAAUGCAAUCUCCGAAGAAAUUGUUCAGAUCGGAUCACUAUAGCAUAUAGCUACCAUAUAAACUGAACGUUCGGAAUCAAGUUUUGUAUAAAAUCUUUUGUACUUGUGAAGUGUAUUAUAGCUUCGGUGCAAACGAAGUUACCGUUUUUUCUUGCUAAUCUUACAAACGCUUAAAAAAUCGUUUAAAAUUUUUUCUUAAAGCUAAAAAAUGUUGGGGGUUAAUAGGCUAUAACGAACAUUUAAGGUAUAAUAGUUUGCUAAAAAAAAUCCUUAUAUUCUUCGUACGAGUAUUUUAUGCCUAGAAGAACACUGAUUAUAAUCGGAUAAUUAUCGGAUAUGAUAAUUAGUUGGACUAAGUGUUGUAUUUUUUCUAUCUUAUUUUCCUUUUUUUUAAAGACCAAGUUGCAAGCGCUGUGCAUUAAGUGUAUAUUAAAAACAAUCAGCUGUUUAUCGUCAAAGACAAAAAAAAAACAAUGGUCUAUAUAUAGUAUUUACAUACAACUUUCACAGAUUUAAAACAACGAGCAUCCACUUUUAUACGUUAGAACAAUAUGCAACAAUUUCUAACUCUCACUUAGAUUUGUUCUCCGCCGCCGAUGUAGGAGUAGAGCAUAAGAAAUCGAAAGAGUUCUGAGGCAGACAGGUAUAACAUUUAGAGACCGGCAAUGACAGCCACUUGUCGAAACAAAACGUUCAAUAAGAACUCACUGUGAUGUCGCGGAUAAAACAAGUGACUUCCUGCGUGCAGUGACUUCGUUGCGCUCUGUCACUUUAGUUAAUUUGUACUCACCGUAUUGCUGAGUAUUAAAAUAUGCUCCAAUAGACAAUAAAGGUGUUGGUAGGGUGAGCGAUAAACAGCAUCAAAACAAAGUAUGUAUAUGUGUGUGGGUAUCUCUACAUAUUUCCACCUCCGUAUGAGUCUUGCAACCCUCAUCACAAAAGUCCUCCCAUUCUAAGUGCGCUCUGAGAAUAAUAAGAAAAAAUGUGGUUAGUAGUCAUAUGAGUAGUACUAAUAAUGCGCUCUACUUUCUCCACGCGUCGCAUGGGUAUGUUUAUUAUCGGGUCAGGUCGAUAUAAAUAUUGACCAAACAACUCAAACUAUUCGUUUUGAAUUGUGAGUUUUAAAAUAGAGUGCGCUGCUACGCUCAGAGAUUGGCGGCAGAGCUGAAGAUUCUGUGUUUGGUUAAAUAGAUAAAAUUCAGUACUUUGAUAACCGAAAAUUGCUGGUAUAAUCAGCAAAGAGUUGAUGAGAGAAAUUUAUCAAUUCAAUACACACUCAGUGGGGGCAACAUGUGAUAAUAGUGAGGUGAGCAAAUGUAAACAAACCGUUUGUUGGUGAUCGAUUUAGAUACGUUCUAGCUUAGUGUUGAUUAAAAAGUCUCCCAACGUUUGCAGUUAAUAAGCGCUUUUCCUAUUAUCCGCGAUAUAAAAAAUAUGUAUACUUUUGAUUCGGAAUUUUAAUAAUUUGAACUCAACUUCAAUUUCUACACGCAUAACAUGCUGCUUCUAUUCUAUGCUUCAUCUGCAAUUUGAUUCCUAUAAACACAGAUUGGAUUAUUGCUUUAACCAGCUUUCCAAAGAAACAAAUUCAAGAGCCUCUUUUUGUGCUGCAUAUGAGAAAAUAGCUAUGAAGCACAAAUUUACAAUAACAAUAAAAGUCAACUAACAAUUUGACGAAUAAACUCGUUGAUUUCACCGGAUUUUCAAACAUUGCACUCAGCAACGCGUUCGCUAAUUCGAUGAAUUUCUCCCUAAAAUGACUUUACGCUCUGCGUUCCAUUGUAAAAAUUUAAACCUUUUUGUUGAGCGAUUCAUGAUGACAGUUACUGUAGACGCACUUGUGAGUGUACCCGAGUAGAGCAGGAGCUGCGAAAUAGCAGCAGGCAAGCAUUCUUGAAGCGUCGGUGAGAAGGUGUAAUGCUGGCAUCUAAAAAGAUACUUUUGAGUAAAUAAAGAUUAAAUGGGAAAGUCUUUGACGACCGCCAGAGGGCACAUAAACGAGUUUCGUGUGUUGUACACAUGUAAGCGCGUUUGUUAGCGCGUGAAAGAGCAUAAAGAGCAUGAGUAGAACGAGGGAGCGCGGGCGGUGUAGAUAUGAGACACUGCAACACGGUGAGCUGAAAUAGACAACCUACAGAUGAGACGCGGUGCCGGUCAUUUAGCCAACAUGCCUGAAUACACCAUGCAAGCAUCCGGUGGUGAUGUUGGCCGGCGUCAAUGCCAACGACCUGGAAGCAUUGUUGGAGUUUGUUUAUCGCGGCGAAGUAAGUGUCGAUCACGCACAACUGCCGUCGCUGUUGCAGGCCGCACAGUGUUUGAAUAUACAAGGCCUGGCUCCGCAAACCGUUACGAAAGAUGACUACACCACGCAUUCAAUACAACUACAGCAUAUGAUACCACAACAACACCAUGACCAAGACCCACUGAUUGCCACCAUUGCUACCGCACCACAACAAACCGUACAUGCACAUGUCGUCGAUGAUAUACACCAAGCUGGUCAGAUUUUACAAACGACUACCCACACUAACGCCGCCGGACAACAACAGACCAUUGUGACCGCUGAAUCGCCCAAGGAUGUUAUUCAACAAUUUUUGCCCGCACGCAAACGCAAGCCACGUGUUAAGAAGAUGUCACCGUCCGCUCCAAAAGUUGCUAAAGUUGAGGGUAUGGAAACGAUUAUUACUGCACCGACCACUACUACUGUUGUACAUCAAACUACACAACAACAACAACAACAACAGCAGCAACAACAACAACAGCAACAACAACAAUUACAGGCACAACAACAAAGCAUUGAAAAUGGCAAUGAGACACAAAUAAUAACCUCGACACCACACAUCAAGAGUGAAGUGAGCAAGGUUGAGACGAUUGUGACCAUGGACCCGAAUAUAACGCCGAUAUCCACAGUUAAUACUAGCGAGGUCAGCGCCGGUGGUACAACUCCAGCAAGUAGCACGAAAACUGUUAAACGCACCAAGAGUGAAUCUCGUUCACGCUCACAAUCGGAACAACCGGCAACCUGUCCCAUAUGUUAUGCAGUCAUCCGACAGUCACGUAACUUGCGUCGCCAUUUGGAAUUACGGCAUUUCGCUAAGCCCGGCGUAAAGAAGGAAAAGAAAACACCAACCGGCAAAAAAGUUAUAACCACAAGCACAGGCGCUGGCACUAGUAAUGCAGCAGGCACAUCGACGAUUACGACAGCAGUCAGCACCAUACCACAGGUGCAAUCGGUACAAUCGCUACACACAUUACAUACGGUACAAGUGAAAAAGGAUCCGGAUGCGCAGAAUCAAGGACAGCAAACAAUGACAGUGACAACCACGAGCGGCGCUGGUGGUGGCCAACAACAGCAGCAACAACAACAGCAAGUGCAACAAGUACAGGUGCAACAGGCCACAACACAGCAACAACAGGCACAACAGCAAAUACAACAUCAUCAAAUCAUCGAUCAAUCUGGUAAUAUAACAACGGCCACCACAACGGGUGGCGGUCAACAGCAGCAACAACAAACUGGUGGACAAAUCGUUACACAAACAGAAAAUACAGACGGUACAACAUCGUUGUCCAUUGCGCAGGUGCAAACGCUGCAAGGCCAUCAAAUAUUGGGCAAUAUUAAUCAGGGUAACAAUAAGAACAUUUUGGUAAAGAAAGUUUUCAUUUUGAAAGGCGGUAAUAAUACGUAAUGAUGAGCCAACGAUAUGAUCAGCGGUAGUGGAGGAGGCGGGAUAGGCGUGAUAGGCGGGAGCAGUGGUGGCGGCAGCGGCAAUAGCACCGGCAACAAUAGUAACACCAUCAGCGGCAGUGUGGUGAGCACCACACGCCUCAGCCGUGCACAGCAGCAGCACCAUCAACAGCAAAGCAGCGGUUCAAGCGGCCUCGCCGCCAUAGCCGCAGCUGCCACUGGCGCCCAACCGAUCGCAUCCGGCAGCGGCACACAUCGUACGCGCAUACUGCGCGGCCAUGCAGCACAAACAACCACCGGUGAACGUGUGUUGCUUAUCAACUAUGUGUCGCCCAGUGCAUCGGCAGCCACAUCGCCCAAUACGCAAACGCAAGCGCACACGGUUAGCACCGCCACUGCGAAUAGCGGUGGUGUUGCCACCACAACCACCACGCGCAAAAUCCUCCAUGCCAGAGCGGCGGCAGCGACGCAUGCGAAUGUUAGCACCGCCACACCCGUGUCAUUUGCUGGCCUCGGCUCUGAGGUGACGGUAACACUGACGCGUUCUGGUAAAUCAACCGCCGGUCAUAUUGUACGAAAUCACAGCAUUGCCACUGAAACGGUAGAACAUCAACAUCAACAACAGCAACAUCAUCAUCAUCAUGUGAGUAGUAGUUCGCCGCCGCCGCUUGUUUUCACGACGACGGCGCACAGCGAAUUGCAUCAUCAUCAUCAGCAACACCAGCAACAACAACAUCAGCAGCAACAACACGAAUUAAUUGAACAGCAGCAGCAAACUCAUCAACAUCAUCAGCUGCUGACACAUCGACAGUUGCAGCAACACCAGCACCAGCAACAACAACAGCAAAAUACAACAACGGUGCUAGAUCCUUUGGACUUGCAAGACCAAGAUGAAUAUCAACAGCAGCAACAUCAGCAGAUUGUCAUAGAACAUCACAGCGGCAAUGGCCAAUCGCAGCAGACGCACGAAGAAGAGUUGCUCGAGUAUGACGAUGAAGAGGAAGUAGAGGAGCACCAUUUGCAACAGCUGCAGGAGGUGCAGGAUCAGCAGGAAUGUGAUGGCGAGCAAGUGGAAGAAGUUUAUCUGAACUGAAAGUGACGUCGGUGGUAAUUGAGCACAGUGUGAGUGAUAAGCUGAUGAAUUGAAAUGACCGUAGCUUCGAUUGCCAGCUGAUUUAAAAAUCAUCCAUAAUAUGUAUAAGAACACGAGGACUUAAAAAAUUUAGAAAUGACCGUAAGAUUUUGUAAAUACAGAUUGUACGUCUGUUUUCAAGUUGCAAAUAUUUUUGUUUUUCAAUCUUUAGUAUAAAAAAAUCACAUACUUACAUACAUUUGUAAAUACAAGCAUAAAUGGUGGAGGAUCACCCUCUUUGUACAAAAAUAUAUCACAUACAUUUUUUUAAUUGUGCAGUAAAAAAAUAUUCAAACUGAUGUUUUUUCGUGAAAUUAUUGUUGAGACUUCGCACUUUAUUAAUGUAAAGUCGGCAAAAAAAUAUUUUUGCAAAUUACGGAUUCAGACAUUUAUUAUUUAUAGUGAACUUAUUUGACAAAAAUAUUGUAAAUAUUAUGGUGUAAUAAAAAUAUAUGUAGUCAAAAUUUUACGCAUUAAAAUAAGUAAUGUAGUUUUAAGUUAUUGUAGAAUAUUUUCAUACCUUUAAAAAUAAAAUAUAAAUAAAUAAAUAGUAAUAAACGGAAAAUAAGGUAUGUUAUUAUUAUUAAUUCAUGGCAAAAGUUUAAGAGUUAUUUGCUACAACUUUCCAAUGCAAAUAUAUUUUUUAAAAUCUAAAAUUAAUAAUUAAAUAAUCUAAUAAAUUAGUUACAAGCAUAUUACAAGUACUUAUAUAUAUAUACAUAUGUAGGUCCUUUAAUUGACAGUGAGUUGUGCGAUUUUUAAUCCCAAAUAGUGCAUACUUAGAAAUUUAAAUAUGAGCAAAAUUAAAACAAAAAAAUUAAAUAAAUUAUAUUAAGUGCAAAUAAAUAUAAAAAGAAUUUAUUUACACAUUUUUAAUAGAGUAAGUAAAAAUUAAAGUAUAAUUAAAUAAAAUAAAAUAAGUAUAAUAAAUAAAAAAUAAUUUUAAUUGAAGAAAAAUUUUAUAUUAAAAUUAUAUCAAACGAAAAUUUCUAAAACUAAGAAAGAAGCCAAAAGAGUUAAGCAAAUGAGCUAAAAAUGCUUUGAAAUACGUAUAUGUAUAUAAUAUAUAUUAAAAUAUUAUAUAUAUAAUAUGAGAAAAACAUUAUUAAAAAUUAUUUAUUGAAAAAUUAAUAAAAGUAAUAACUAAACGGGCCUGCUCUGGCAGUUAUGUGAACCAAUAAAAAAAAUUUUCGAAUAAAAAUUCCACCUACUAUUGUUAUUAUAUUUGUAGUCGAUGAAAUAGCUUCAGCUAUGUUAAGCGAAUUCAAAAAAUUGUAUGUUAGAGUGAGACGAAUUUUUAUUAAAUAUUCACUAGAAGUAUCUUCCAAUGUUUUAAUUAUU